UUUAUCUUUUCAAAACACGCGAGUUGUAGGUCUUCAAGCUUGGUUAAUAUUUAAUAGAAAACAGUUUCGUUGCUGUCUUAAGUCGUGUGUGCGUGCAUACGCUUCAUCGCAAGAGUUCAGUUUGUGCCCGAAUUGUUUUUGCCGAGCUUGCACUUCGCCAGACUGGCAAACCUGGCCAACCAUGAAUAAUUACACCGGCUUUACAGACCUGUGCAUCCCGGUCACCGAUACCGAUAAAUUGGUAGCUAUAAUCCAAGAGGCAAUUGAGUUAGGAUACCGGAAUCUAGCAAUCGAAAAGAAGUUCAAUGCCAGCGCUCAAGACGUUGGUAACAAAAAAGAUCCUGUGCCCAAACCAACCCGACUGACCGAGUUGAGAGCAAGAUUCGGGGGACAAAUACGUCUGCUCAACAGGUUGACCGUGAUUUUUAGUGAAAAUACCAUAUCCAUGGUACUGAACAAGUCGAGCACCAUCAUCGAGUACGACGUUAUUGCUGUACAACCUACUACUGAUGAUUCUCUGGCGUAUGCAUGCCAAAAUGUUGUUUGUGAUAUAAUCACUUACGAAGUGGAUAAAAAAGUUCAGAGCCUGAAUGUAAAUCGCAAGUUGUACUAUAUGGCGAUAGAGCGAAAUGUCGCAUUCGAGAUCAAAUACGCACCGGCAAUCGUAAAUUCCCUGCAUCGGAUUGAUACUAUCGCGCAGGCACAUUAUUACCAUUCCACUGGUAAAUCAAAAAAUUUGCUUAUUUCGAGUGCUGCCACGAACGCCUUCGAGCUACGGAGCCCUUAUGACAUUGCAAAUUUGGGCCUCAUAUUUGGAUUAAGCGAAGAGCAAUCGAAACAAGCUAUCCGCGAUGUCCCAAAUAGAUUGCUACAUUUGGCUCAGGCACGUCGAUUCGGGAAAGCUGGUGUUGACAUCUUUCGUCGUAGGCGGAAGGACAAUGCCGUUGAUAGUGAUGAUUAUUCAGACUCGGAAUUGAAUGAGGAAAUUAGCGACGAUGAUGAUGGUAAAAGCGAUAGGGGCAACAGUGAGGGGCUUAACGAGCCGAUGGAAGUGACGAUGGGCUCUAAGAACGAGGAUGUUGAUGAAUUGAUGGAAAUGCAACCGGCGAAAAAAAUGAAAAAACAGGAAAAUAAGGGAAAAAAUAAAAAAAAUCUGUUGUAGGUUACGUUUGUCGAAUUUCUUUACCACUCUUAUCGAAGUAAAUUCCUACGUUCAACAGUUUUGUUUCCUUUUCUUCA